CUGACUGGGACGACUCAAAUUUCUGUCUCUGCCUCCCAGUCAUAAAGCUAGGUUAACAACUGUUUCCCUCCUCCUCUACCACAUAUUGAUAUGAGUCUUGCAACUUCCGGCGACAAUUUGAGCAAUGAGGAGCAGCUCGGUAGUCACUUAAUAUCCUCCUAUCCACCCGCCAUCACCGAUUUCUAUGGAUCCGGCUCGCCUUGCAUCUACAAGACCGGGCCUGCGUGGCCUGUCGCCAAAGAUCCUCGCUCCCAGAAGAUCAUCCGUGCUGCCCGCCCCAUCCACAACCACAGGAUCAUGCCGGUCUGGCGCAGCAUUGUGUGGGAUAUUGUUGCCUUGCUUGAUUCGCGCAGGGUAGAUUGGAGUACCAUCGACCCUUUAGCUUAUGCGAAUGCAGGCGAGGCGGCUCUGAUAUGUGACUUCGUCAUUACCAUUGGGGUAAAACCCCACUCCCUUUCCUAUCAGGCUGCUGUGGCUGCUGCCAAUGCCAUCGACGAGAUCCUCCAGGCCGCCGGAUUUCCCGAGAUACAAGUCGCGUUCAUCGAGUCCGUGUACCGUCUCCUGAGGAAACUCAUGGGCCCCUUGAGCCCGACAUUUGACUUGGAGGGCAUUCAGGGCCUACGCAAGCCCUUCACUCCCACUCUUGGUCUCUCUAUUGCACCCCGCAGCUCAGACAACCGGGGUACAGGGGGCCUGUUCUUCCGUCUCAACACCGACAAAUCCGACAAUAGUAUCGUCCUCCUCACCUGCGCCCACGUUGCCCGCCCCCCUGGGACGUCCCUCGAGAACCGUGCGUAUACGCGCGAAAACGAGAGUCAGCCUCGCGAAGACAUCAUUCUCCUUGGCGACAAAUCAUUCACUUCUGCCACAGAGGGCAUCGUCAAGUUCGAAAUGGAUUAUACGAAGGCCAUUUCCAGCUGGGAGAGGUCGCUCAGCAAGGUCCCACCUCAGGAGGAGGGCGAGGCUGAUGAAGUCAGUUCGAACUUGAAGCGACAGCACUGGACUCACUUGAUUUCCGACACGAAGAAAAUGAUCGCCGCGACAAAGGACCUCCACUCCUACGUUACCAAGAAUCUCACCCAAGCCCCCUCCCGCAUUCUUGGAUCCGUCCUGCAUUCUGCUAAGAUUGAGGCUGGCGACGAUGAUUUCCUGUACGACUGGGCCUUCAUCCAGAUCGACGAUGAUAAGCUAGACUCGAAGGACUUUCAGGGAAAUAAGCUCUUCGUCGGCGGCAACAAGACCCCCGUUGAUUGGGAGAACUUCAUGUUCCCCCAGCCUCAUGACCACCGCGACUUCCAUGUACCUGACGAUUCGCUCCUUCAGCUCAAGGACUAUGUCUCCGAAGCAGAGUUCCACAACCCGCAAAACUACGACAUACACGAUGCGAAGACGCUACUGGCGGUUAAGAACGGUCCUACCACCGGCACCACAUUCGGACGCGUCAACGGACUCGAAUCGGCAACGCGACACUAUCUCGAAGACGGUGUUGCUGUGACCGCCCUAGAGUUCAUUGUCUGCGCCUAUGACACCAAGACGGCCAAGAACGACAGGUUCUCUGACGGCGGUGACUCUGGCGCCAUCGUGGCAGGCAGGGACGGGCGUAUCAUUGGUCAAGUGGUGGGUGGUGCAGGCUUUACUGAAGGGACGGAUAAAACCUAUAUCACACCCUACUAUGCCCUCAAGAAGGCCAUCGAGAGGAAGUACCCCAACGCGGACCUCCUCCCCGCUGCCACCUGA